CAAUAACAAAAGGAGCAGUUGGGCAAAGAGGAGCAAGCGCACCGCAGACGUCGAGGCUCAGUUUUAUACUUUAUUUCUUCUGAGAAGAAACUUGACUUUUUUUUUUCCAUUUUUCGAAAAGUAACACGGCUACCUCACAUUUGAACGGAGUUGAACGUCGAUUUGUGCUACUUUAAAGCUUCCUUUUCUCCUCAGCUGCAGGUCUUGUUCUUUGUCUCCUCCACACGUCGAGCUAUGUGCCGCCCUCUGCCUCUCAGAUGAGUCGCAACCACACGCCAUUGAUGCACUUUAGCACCUCCGCAGAGCCCCUCGUCCGCCGCUGCCAAGCCUGCAGCCGAUGACCAAAGCGCCUCCCUGCCAUCGCCCCGCGCCACGCGUCGCUCUCCCUUCCCCUCGGCCCGACACCCACGACCCAGGAUGUUCCAGAGGUUCGCCAGCGUCCUGUUCGGCGGCGGCGACGACGUCGCACAGGACCUGAGCCGCUGCGGCCGACCCGGAGACUGCCAGGAGAAAGAGGAGGAUGAAGACUGGAUCCUGGUCAACUUCCUGGCUGACUCCUGCUCCAGCCAGGCCGGGGACAGCCUCUCAAGGUCCACCGUCGGCCCGGACGAGGACGAAGACCUGGUCGUGGUGCCGUCCCCGAUGGCCAGCCCUCCCAUCCGCUACGCCUCCUGCACCUCCCUCAACUCCACCGCCGACACCGACCCGGACGGCGGCGCCGAGGAGGAGGACGACGACGACUUCCAGCGUCUGGACGCAACCUCCUUGGAGGAGAGCUGGUUCGUCACCCCGCCGCCGUGCUUCACCGGCCGCAGCAACCAGCCGGUCCCGGUGGAGGCCAGCCCGCUGGAGAACCUGCUGAUAGAACACCCCAGCAUGUCCGUCUACGCCCACCACAGCCCCCCCAGGCUCAACCUCGACCCCCUGCCCCGCUCCCUGGACCUUGAACUGGGCUUGUUGCCCGGCAACGGGGCCACCAUGCCGGCUGCCUCUGGCGGGAAGGAGAAAGGCAGACGCUCGCUGGACGUCCCACGUCACAGAUCGGACGUGACGGGGAUCCAGCGUCGACCCGGCCUCCACCCGGUCUCCUACGCGGCGGCGCUCUCGGGCCGCGGCGCCCUUCUGCCUCAGCGCCCGAGCCUCGCCGGCCAAGCGCUGUCCCGCAACGCCCUGCGGCGUCUCAACCUGCUGCACCCCCCCAAGGCGGGCGCCGUCCACCUGCACCAGCCCAGCCAGAGGCACCUCAACUUCUAAAGGCCUUCAAUCCUCCUCCUCCUCCUCCUCAUCCUCCUCGCACCAGCAGCAAGUCAGGCGCCAAGGAGCAGACUGGCUGGUCGUUUUUUUUUUUUUUCUGUCAUUGUCCCCGUCCCCCUACCCUCCUGUUGUCACGGCAACCUCCUCUUUCUACCCCCUCCCAUGAGUAGAAUCAACGCUGUAGGUCACUUUACUCAGAGGCGGGCUCACCUGGCCCCAGCACGACCACGUCACGGCCGGUGUCGAUUUUUCAAAGCUCGAUAUAAUUUUUAUCACAUAAAUAUCAUCAAGCCGCACGAUGGGAAACAUCUGAGCCGACGUUUGAUCUCCAUCGAAUGGAACGUCGGCAGCCGAACCCGCCUCGAACUUUGUAAUUAAGUACUUUUUUGCGAUAUUUUCUUGAGCGAAAGAAGAAAAAAGAUGUUGGGGGAAAAAAACUGGGUUAGAUAUCACUAAACUUGCCUUGUUUUAACGGUAGCUUUCAGAUGAAUAGAAAUGUAAAAAAAAAAAAGUAUUUAAAAAAAAAAAAAACUCAAAUAUUUUUUUGAAAAAUAUGACUUAAGUAUGAAGUUUGUGUGUUUGCUUGGGUCAGUGCGACGUGUUGCAUGGUGGUAGGCCUGUGUUAGUGGCGGGGAAGAAGACAAUUUGUUCUGACAUGAAUCUGCAGUCCAUUUCUCAGGGUCACACAACCAAUCACUUUUAUACUUAAAAUGCAGAUUUACUUGAUUCUUUUCUUUUCCACUCAGACUUUUUUAGUGGGGGGGGUCUCCUACAUCGGUCCCCGGACUGAGCAAGGAAGUGGUUUUGGUUGAAUCCAUGACGAUGGAUUGAGACUUUUGCUCAGUUUUUGUUAUUGUUUCUAAUGCUAGCUUAGUUACACUCUGAUACAACUAUUUAAACCAAAAAAAAAAAGGUAGCAAUGUUUUUUUUUUUAGUCUUUUAAGUAUGUUUUUACGCAGAUGUUUUGUAACUUUUAUUUUAUCUUGUCGGGCUUGGUGCUCUUAACAUGGCUGAUGAAUAAUAGUCCACCUUAUGAACUUGUCUGAAACUCAUAUGUGAGGUUAAAAUGAUGUGUUUAGUUCUAAUGUUUUAACCAGUUCUUUUUUGAGUCAUUUUGUUUCCCCCCCGAGCCAAAAUGGGCUUCCUUAACAUUUGAAUUUCUAAGGAACACACCUGCCCACCUUUUUUACUGAUUUUUGUAUUUCUGUUGAUUCCAGCAAAUCUGCAAAGGGCACAUCAAACCUCAUUUUUUUUCCCAGCAGAAAACGACAUCAGACAUAAGGUUCACUGUGUGAGGGGACAAUACAAAAAAGAUAGAAUGUUUGUGAGGUUUUUGAUCUGACUGUAAACAAUCCAAUAUCUUGAAUGUCUCGGUAACUAUUUUUGUGUUAUGUCUUUAAAAAGACAAGGGAUUGCAGGUGUGGUGUUUUAUUUGUUUUCUUUUGAACUAACAGGGAUUUGUUUGUGUUCAAUGCCUUGAAAAUUGUGCAUCACGUGCCUUCCAGCUUGAAAUGUUCUUAUGCGUCAAUGAAGAACUUUUUCUUUUAAUGUCCCGAUUGGACGUUCUACAGACAAAAAACGCAAACGGACGCCAACUAUGCACCACUCAGCCCUCGCCCUUUUUUCUAAAGACUCCAACAAACCAGACGGAAUGAUGUAGCAAAACCUCCAGUUGUGCAAAGAAUAUUUUGUGGCAUUUUUACUGUUAUUCUGUUUUGUUUUUCACCAAGUGUUACACAUUUUGUUUUUUCUUGUGUAGUUUACUGGAAUAAUACAGCACGUUUGCCAAAAAAAUAUAAAAAAAAUAAACUAUGAAUUUUAGGGUUAACUUUUUAUUUAUCAACAUAUCUCUUGCGUAUUUUGUAUGUAUGACUGUUCAAUUCACUUUGUUGAUGAAACAUGAAAUAUGGGGGUCAUCUGCUUUCAAACUGUAGUAGUUCAUUCAUGUGAUCAUUUUCUAGUUGUAAAAUAAAUGUUUUCAUACACGCA